UGCUUUUCAACUUUACUUUCUUCGUAAAUCCCGUCAGAAUUUAUUCAUUUUCUCCAGUUUCCACUGUCGUCUGGAUUUUAUCGUCUUCUUUGACUGUCUGUUCUCAAUAGUCGGCGAUCGUUCUCCUCGGCGCCGCUUGCGGUUGUCGAUUCCGGCCGUCGGAGAUGAUUUCCCGGAGAGUGAGUGUGACCUCCUUUUUUCUCCUUUAUCUCUUAUUCUCUUCCCAAGCUUUGGAGUUCAAUUUUUGGAAGCGACGCCAUGAAAUCAAAGGACCUAUCAAGACUGUGGUGGUUGUGGUUAUGGAGAAUCGCUCCUUCGAUCACGUCUUAGGCUGGCUGAAAUCCAUUCGACCUGAAAUCGAUGGAUUGACGGGGAAAGAAUCGAACCGGAUUUCUGUUUCUGAUCCGAACUCUGAAGAAAUCUUCGUCUCCAACGAUGCGGUGUUCGUCGAUUCGGAUCCCGGCCAUUCGUUUCAGGCGAUCAGGGAGCAAAUUUUCGGAUCGAACGACAGUUCGGCGAAUCCGGCUCCGAUGAACGGAUUUGCACAGCAGGCGGCGGCCAUGGGCGCAGCCGACAUGCCGAAAACCGUAAUGAGCGGGUUCAAACCGGAACGAGUUCCGGUCUACACCGAGCUAGCGAACGAAUUCGCGAUAUUCGACCGGUGGUUCGCAUCGGUUCCGGCGUCGACUCAGCCGAAUCGAUUCUAUGUCCACUCCGCUACCUCUCACGGUGCCAUGAGCAAUGUGAGGAAGGACCUCAUCCAUGGCUUCCCUCAGAAAACAAUUUUCGACUCAUUGGACGAAAAUGGCCUCUCAUUUGGCAUUUAUUACCAAAAUAUCCCCGCAACCCUAUUCUUCAAAAGUUUGAGGAGGCUGAAGCACGUAGUGAAAUUUCACUCUUACUCUCCAAAAUUCAAAUUGCACGCGAAGCUUGGAAGGCUCCCAAAUUACGCGGUGAUUGAGCAGCGUUACUUCGACGUCGAUCUUUUUCCGGCGAACGACGAUCAUCCGUCGCACGACGUGGCGCGCGGGCAGAAGUUCGUGAAGCAGGUGUAUGAGACUCUUAGGGCAAGUCCGCAGUGGAAGGAGAUGGCAUUGCUGAUUACCUACGAUGAGCACGGUGGAUUUUACGAUCACGUUCCGACGCCGGUAGCCGGCGUCCCCAACCCGGACGGCAUCAUUGGACCGGACCCGUACUACUUCCGGUUCGACCGGCUGGGCGUGCGGGUGCCGACGAUACUGGUUUCGCCGUGGGUCGAGAAGGGUACAGUGAUCCGUGAGCCUGUUGGACCAACACCUACCUCUCAAUUUGAACAUUCUUCAAUCCCGGCUACUGUGAAGAAACUUUUCAACCUGAAAUCAAACUUCCUCACGAAGCGGGAUGCAUGGGCUGGUACUUUCGAGCAUUAUUUGAAGCUCCGCGACAGUCCUCGUGAUGAUUGUCCAGAAACUCUCCCAAAGGUGACAGCACCGCUGCGGCCAUGGGGACCGAAAGAGCACGCAGAACUCUCCGAAUUCGAAGUCGAACUGAUCCAACUUGCAUCGCAGCUCAACGGUGACCAUGUCUUGAAUUCUUACCCGAACAUCGGCAAAUCUAUGACUGUUGGUCAAGCCAAUAGGUAUGCAGAAGAUGCAGUCAGAAGAUUUCUGGAAGCUGGAAGGGUUGCUCUCAUGGCAGGAGCUAACGAGUCUGCCAUUGUCACCAUGAGGCCGUCCCUAACCAGCCGAACUGCAGCUGCAGACUCCGGUCGCUUUCUCGAAACGAUAUGAUGAUUUGAUUUAUCCACGAAGUUGUAAAUAUGAGAAUAGGUAUGAAUAUAUUAUUGAAACUGGCAUCUGUAUUUUAAAAUGUAUGUAUGUGAUGUAAUAUAAUAUGGUCUGCAAUAAAAGUAUUUACAGACGAUAUUUCGCUUUGGGAUAUUCAGAUUCAGGAGGUUUGAUUUAAUCUCUGCCUACAACGCAGGAUCUGAUUGGGCCAAUUGGCUGCUGGAAAUGGAAUGCCAAUAUUUCUUCUUUCUCGUGAUAAAA